AUGUUCAAGCAGCGAUCUCACGAGACCCAUCAUAACACCCACGUCCCGCAGAUCAAGGCCAACCCGGGUGAAUACACCGUCGCUGUUCUCGGCGACAGCCUCUUUGAGCGCUUCAAAACAACCGGCAAAUUCAUCACCGCCCGACAACCCGCCGGCGAGAUGUUCAAGCAGCGCUCUCACCAGACCCACCACAACACCCACGCUCCCCAUAUCAAGAACAACCCGGGCCAGUACAACACCGCCCUCCUCGGCGCCAGCGGUGUCGAGCGCUUCAAGACCACGGGCAGAAUGCUCAGCAUCAACAAGGACACGCGUAUUCUGAACCUCGGUGUUGGCGGCGACAAGAUCUUGAAUGUGCAGUAUCGCAUGGAUCAAGGUCUCGUGCGUCUUCUGAAGCAGCACCAGCCCAACCUCAAGACUAUGUACAUCCACAUGGGAUCCAACAAUCUCAAGAAUUAUGGUCUUCGAAAGGGCGAUGUUGAUGCGUAUGGCGCUGUGGUGAAGCAGUUGCGCAGUGAGUUUCCUGACAUGACUGUCGUCAUCACUGCGUUGUUCAUCCAGCGCGGUCUGGAGCUUGCUGUGAUUGAUGAUGCGAACGCCAAGCUCAAGGCUAUUGCUGAUGAGCAUGGGUUUGUUUUCUUGCCCUUUGGAGAUGAUCAGGAGGGCAUCAUGAGUGAGGACAAUGUUCACUUGAACCAGUUUGGGUAUCGCAAAUGGAACGAGCUCCUCACCAACGACAUGAACAGCCGCUAA